UGAAACUUCAUAAUCUCUGGAUUUCUGGCAAAACUAUUUUGAAUAAAUUAUCAUCAGUAAAGGAAAGCAAUGAAUGACCUUGUAGAUUGAAACGACAUUAAUCAGAGUGGAAUUCAUUAGAAAACAAAUUAAGGUCAUUUUGUUGGUUUGUUCCUCAAAAGUUUCAUCAUUCAUGAGAAAAACUAUGUCCCACUUGUUUUCCUCAUUUUGGAUAACAAUUGCGUCCAGAAGUUUGAUAUGUAUAUCGUUACUUGAUAACUGAUCACAAAACCUUUCUUUUCCAAACAUUAAUCAGUUAUACGAUAAUAUGUUUUGAAUAAUUAACAUAUAAACAAUUUAUAACAAUCAUUCUAACCCUUCCUCAUGCUAAUUCGAGUUGCAGAACUCGAAUACAAUUUAUUUACGUAGGAUAAUACUUACGGAUACUAAAUAAACCGGCCCACCUGUAUGAUACAGGUAGGGUGGUAUUCGUCCCAGUGUAUACAGGUAGAAGGUCUCAAAUUUAAGGGCUGCCUUUCCUCAAACGUAUAUACUGUCAGUACAAUUGACUACCGUGUCACUAGUCCAGUUUUGAAGCUGAAGUGGAUCUAAAGUGCAACUUGUGGUCUUUUACUGUUUAAGUGAAAAUGAUUCCGGAAUAUCGUCGUCGAAUCUUACAAGAGCCCUACGGAAUACCCCCUAGAUACACCGAGGCGGUUUGGGGGUACUUAAUUAUGCCAGAUGAUUCCCUCACUGAAGUACCACUCGGACCCCGCUCAACGCAUAUGAUAUGUCCUCACUGCCAUGUUGAAAUCGACACAAUGAAUUAUACAGUGUCAAAAGAGUCGAAACAGGGAUUGUUUUACUAUGUUUCCACUAUGAUCAUCCUUCUAGUCGGAUCCCUCAUAGGUUGCUGUUUCAUCCCUUCCUGGUUACAACCACGCAUGGAAGUCCUUCACAUCUGCCCCUACUGUGAUGAAUAUCUGGGGGCGUACAAGACCCCAUCAUAGACCUCAACGAGAUUGAUGAGUUGAUGUAUGUCCACAUAAUCGAUAUUUGGCAUAUGCAGUGAAACUUGAGAAGUGAUAUGAUCA